AAACACUUCGUCUUCUUCUGUGAUUUCGAAAAUUUUCCCGAUCCAACAGCCAUUAUACCCUAGCUUGCUCUUCCUCUCUUCUUCCAGUUCUAGCUAAAGCGACAGAUAUUUUCUCAUCCGCCUCUUCUCGUUGUUUUGUGUUUUUUUCUUCUGGUGGUUUAGUGAUACUCUGGAAAUGAGGAAGGGAGCGAAGAAAACUGGAGGUUCCAAAGCAGGUCGCAAAGCUGCUUCUACUUCGUCGGCGAGUAAGAACGAUGACGCGGUUGUAGAGACUCAGCCGAGUCAGAAGAGUCAGGAGAUUGAGGAAGCGCCUAAGGUCGAAUCUCCGCCUGCGAAGGAAGCCGGGAAUGAAGAAGAGAUGAGCGAAAACCAGGAGCCGGAAGAAGAACAAAAUCAGGAGCAGGAAGAGGAACAAGCGAAACCUGAUUCCUCGACGCAACAGGAGAAGGAUCCAAGCGCGAGCCAAACUGACGAGACGAAAGGUGCAUCUUCUUCGCAACCGCAAGCUGACGAAAAGAAAGAGGAGACCGAGACGCCUCUUCGUCGUGGUAAGCGUAAGAGAGUCACAAAGAGUGAAUCAGAGAAGAAAGAGGAAAACAAUCCGCCUCCGAGAGCUAAGCGAGCCAGAGCGACCAAGCCGCGGGAACCUCAACCUGUGCCGGAGUACUUCACGGAGAAGCGUAGUCUGGAGGAUUUGUGGAAGGCUGCAUUCCCAGUGGGAACUGAGUGGGGUCAAGUGGAUGAGCUUUAUGAAUUCAAAUGGAAUUUCACGAAUCUUGAAGAAGCUCUGGAGGAAGGUGGAAAGCUCCAUGGGAAGACAGUCUAUGCUUUUGGCUGCGCAGAGUGUAAGCUUGCUCUAAUCCUUCCUCAAUUAGUCACUUACAAAAAUGAAACCAAGACUGUCCUUGUUCCUGCAGUCGUUUGUAUUGAAUCAUCCAUUCCCCCUUCUGAUAAGAUAGGAAUUACAUCGGAUCAAAUCCAGGCAGAUGAGAUAAUUCCCAUGAAAGAUAUGAAAAUGGCCUGGGUUCCUUACAUACCGCUUGAGAAAAGGGAUAGAGAAGUGGAUAGAAUGAACUUCCAAAUUUUUAUCUUGGGCUGUACGCAGAGAAGGUCUGCUCUCAAACAUUUGAAGGAAGAUCGUGUUAAAAAAUUCAACCAUUGCCUUCCUUACACCGACAACCCAUUUAAGGAAUAUGAAUCUGAGCAGGGCACAAUGGUUCAAAUAACGUUCCCUUCUGAACCACCAGUUCUACGCGAAUAUGACUGGGAGAAUAACAACCUUGAGGACUUCACCAAUGAUCUUAUCACAGACGAGGCAUUACUCCUGAACAAAAAGGAUGAGUUCAUGGAGUUUGUCAAAGAGCAAUGUGAAAAUGCAAAGAAAACGAAGGAAAAGGCGAAACAAGACCGAGAGAAAGCAAUGGAAGGAAUGAGCGAAGAAACAAAGGAAGCCUACAAAGAAAUGAAGUUGUACAAGUUUUAUCCACUGCCUUCGCCAGACACACCCGACCUAUCAGGAAUCGAGAAGUCCUCGUUUAUAAACAAGUACUUCGGAAAGGCUCACGAAGUCGUAUGAUCGUUUCUCCAAAAACCAGGAAUGAUGAAACGUUUUUUCCUUUCGGCAAACUUCAAAAACUACUGCUGAAAAUCAAAUAAACCACUUGGGUGGGGAUGUAGACCAAAGAUACAACAAGAUACUUAGAUAAAAUGUCUUUUGGAGCUGGAUUUUUUGGUUUCUCUGUGUUGAGUUUCGCAAAUAUUUUUUAUCUAAACAAACGAGUAAGAAACAAAAGGGAUAAAUAGAGAGAGACCUUCCCACAUUAGAGACGAGUAGCCGAAGAAGAAGAAGAAGAAGCAGAAGCAGCAGAAUCGGUCAAGGUAGAGACAGUUCGUUUCUUCCUCUCUUCCUCAUAUUCGGCAUCAUCAGUCUGAAGCUGGAAUCUACAAACAGGACAAGAGUUCCUUGUCCCUAACCAUGGCACAAUACAAUUCCCGUGGUAACAAUGUCCACACGGAAGCUUCUUCCCGAUUUCACCCAUCACCAUUGCCUCUUUACACACAGCACAAACAACAGUCAUCAUCUCUCCCUCUCCCUCUCCCUCUUUCUCAACCUCGAAAGUCUCUAACGCCUCAAUCGCCGAUUUUGCAGCCGGUGGUGCUCCUCUCCUCCCACCACCAGUACCGUCUCCUUCCGCUAAAUUCUGAAGCAAAGCUUCGUAACCUGCUGCGUCGUCGACGUAAUCUCCCGGAUUCCCUGUGUAUCGAUCUGUUUCCAUACGGAACUCGAUCGAAUUGUCUUCUAUUCCCAUCAAAAUCUCAGCCCAAUCGAGAAUCCGGUUCCGUCCGGUUCUUGAUCGUGUUGUGAUUGGGAAUAUCUCCCGCCGAUUUGUCCCUCUCAGCUCUUCCUCCUCAUCUUCUUCGUCGUAGACGGUUAAAUUCUCUUCCUCCUCUUCCUCCUCAUCUUCAUUUCCGUCAUCUCCAUCUUCAUCCUCUUCAUCGUCGUCAUCGAUUUCGUUUCCACUGUUGAGCUCCAAUCUGAAGAAUUCGUCUUCGUAAGAUAAUACAUCAAGCUGUGGUGGUGGUGACCGCUGCGAAGGCGCGUGGGCCAACAGACGGAGCAUCUGGAGGAAAUGCGAGCCGAUACUCGAGUCGUCGACGGUCAGAUCUGGGGAAAGUGGCGCCGUCGAAGAAGAAUACGCGGCGGGAAUCGGCUGGAUUGACUCGACGAAACCUUUGUUACAUUCGCAGCAGACGACCAAGUCGUCCAUGGUUUCUACGUCCACGCGUUUGUUGCAGUGGUAGCACCAGUGCGACGCUGCGGCAUCCGCAUCCGACGGAGCGUCGGACAUCGUUCUUCCGUCGGGUUAUUGGGCUUUCGGGUCCGGGCUCGGAUCCGAUAAGCCGAUCAGUGUGGAUAGAGAAAACGAGAAAAGAAAAAAGGUCUUGGAAUUAUCUAAUUCAUAGACAUAUCGUAUCGCACUCAUUACCCCACAAUAUUAUUAUAAUCCUUAUUUUUUUGUUGUCUGUCUC